CCCCAUUCCCAGUGUGGAAGGAUGGCUGUUAGCUGGAUGUUCUGUUACCUUUGGCUUUUGGAUGUUUUGGUGGGGCUCACAAGAGGGCACAGUUUAUUUUCUUGUGAGCCCAUCAUCUUGCGGAUGUGCCAGGAUCUGCCUUACAAUACCACCUUUAUGCCUAAUCUUCUGAAUCAUUAUGACCAGCAAACAGCAGCAUUAGCAAUGGAGCCGUUUCAUCCGAUGGUGAAUCUGGAAUGCUCCAGAGAUUUUCGACCCUUCCUGUGUGCCCUCUACGCUCCUGUGUGCAUGGAGUACGGCCGCGUCACUCUCCCUUGUCGCAGACUCUGUCAAAGAGCAUACAGCGAGUGCUCCAAACUCAUGGAGAUGUUUGGAGUCUCUUGGCCUGAGGAUAUGGAGUGCACCAGAUUCCCAGAUUGUGAUGAGCCAUAUCCUCGUCUUGUUGACCUCAAUUUAGCUGGGGAGCCCACAGAAGAGGCCCCCGUGGCAGUACAGAGGGAUUACGGUUUUUGGUGUCCUCGGGAGUUGAAAAUAGACCCCGACCUGGGUUACUCUUUCCUGAGCGUAAGGGACUGUUCCCCUCCUUGCCCAAAUAUGUACUUUCGGCGUGAAGAGCUCUCCUUUGCUCGCUACUUCAUCGGCGUGAUCUCCAUCGUCUGCCUUUCUGCUACCUUGUUUACUUUUUUAACUUUUCUGAUCGAUGUCACAAGAUUUCGCUACCCAGAAAGACCGAUAAUAUUUUAUGCUGUCUGUUACAUGAUGGUGUCGUUGAUUUUCUUCAUUGGCUUUCUGCUUGAAGACCGAGUAGCGUGUAACGCAUCUAGCCCUGCCCAGUACAAGGCUUCCACAGUGACACAGGGCUCUCACAACAAAGCUUGCACCAUGCUUUUCAUGGUGCUCUAUUUCUUUACCAUGGCCGGCAGUGUUUGGUGGGUCAUUCUUACCAUCACGUGGUUCUUGGCAGCUGUGCCAAAAUGGGGCAGUGAAGCCAUCGAGAAGAAAGCCUUGCUCUUCCACGCCAGUGCCUGGGGCAUUCCAGGAACUCUAACCAUCAUCCUCUUAGCAAUGAAUAAAAUUGAAGGUGACAAUAUUAGCGGCGUAUGUUUUGUUGGCCUCUAUGAUGUGGAUGCAUUAAGAUACUUUGUACUUGCACCUCUCUGCCUGUAUGUUGUUGUUGGAGUUUCCCUUCUGCUAGCUGGCAUUAUCUCUCUCAAUCGGGUUCGCAUUGAAAUCCCGUUAGAAAAAGAGAACCAGGACAAACUGGUGAAGUUCAUGAUCCGGAUUGGCGUGUUCAGUGUUCUGUACCUCGUGCCGCUGUUGGUUGUAAUUGGCUGCUAUUUCUAUGAGCAGGCUUAUCGAGGUGUGUGGGAGACGACGUGGAUUCAAGAACGCUGCAGAGAAUAUCACAUCCCGUGUCCCUAUCAGGUCACUCAGAUGAGUCGUCCAGAUUUGAUUCUCUUUCUCAUGAAAUAUCUCAUGGCUUUGGUCGUUGGGAUACCCUCUGUCUUCUGGGUUGGAAGCAAAAAGACCUGUUUUGAGUGGGCUAGCUUCUUCCACGGACGCCGGAAAAAAGAAGUCGUCAAUGAGAGUCGUCAGGUCCUGCAAGAGCCAGACUUUGCUCAGUCUCUUCUGAGAGACCCCAAUACCCCCAUCAUCCGGAAAUCGAGGGGCACGUCGACCCAGGGCACCUCGACUCACGCCUCCUCUACCCAGCUGGCAAUGAUGGACGACCAAAGGAGCAAGGCAGGCAGCGUCCACAGCAAAGUGAGCAGCUACCACGGCAGCCUGCACCGAUCGCGUGACGGCCGGUACACUCCCUGCAGCUACAGAGGCGUAGAAGAAAGACUACCUCACGGCAGCAUGUCGCGACUGACUGAUCAUUCCAGGCACAGCAGUUCGCAUCGGCUGAACGAACAGUCACGCCACAGCAGCAUCAGGGACCUCAGCAGCAACCCCAUGACGCACAUCACGCACGGGACCAGCAUGAACCGCGUCAUCGAGGAGGACGGCACCAGCGCUUGA